AUGAACAUGAAGAUGGAAUCAGUUGGUUUGGUCAUGUUGGUAGCUAUAAUAAUAAGUAGUAGUAGUUUAAUAAUAAUAAUGAUCAUGUUGGCAUGGCGAGUGUUGGAAUGGGUCUGGUUUGGUCCCAAGAAACUUGAAAGGCUUCUGAGAAAUCAAGGAUUCCAUGGGAAUCCUUACAAACCCAUAAACGGCGACCUGAACCAGAUCUUAGCCAUGAAAACACAAGCUCACUCAGCCCCCAUAUCUCUCUCCGACCAAGAUGCCGUCAUCUCUCGUGUCGACCCCUUCGUACACCACACCGUCAACCGCCACGGAAAGAAAUCUUUCAUGUGGUUUGGGCCAGUGCCACAUGUAAUCAUAAUGGAGCCUGAGCUUAUAAAAGAGAUUAUGUCAAAGAAUUUCAUCUUUCAAAAGGCCAAUCAAGAACCGAUUGUCAAGUUGGUGGCUACAGGAAUAGCAAGUUAUAAUCUUGAUAAAUGGACCAAGCACAGAAAAAUCAUUAAUCCUGCUUUCCAUUUGGAUAAAUUAAAGAAUAUGCUUUCAGCAUUUUAUGAAAGCUGCAUCGAGAUGACUAGUGCGUGGGAGGAGAUCGUCGAAGAGUCUGAAGAAGAAAUCGAUGUAUGGCCGCAUAUCAAGACAUUAUCGGCAGAAGUGAUUUCUCGAACAGCGUUUGGAAGCAGUUAUAAGGAAGGGCGAAAGAUAUUCCAGCUACAGAAAGAGCAAAUUGAACUUUUCAUUCAAGCUUUGGCUUUCAGUCAUAUUCCUGGAUAUAGGUUUCUGCCAACGAAGUUGAACAGGAGGAUGAAGCAAAUAGCAAAAGAAGUGGAUUGUUUACUCAUGGGUAUGAUAGAAAAGAGAUUGGAAGCUAUCAAGGAUGGUGAAGACAACCAUAAUGAUCUAUUGGCCAUAUUGUUGGAGUCCAACUUUAAAGAAAUUGAACAAGAAAAAGAAAAUGGUGAAAAGAGUGUAAAGGGAAUGAGCAUUCAAGAUGUGAUUGAGGAAAGUAAACUAUUUUACUUGGCAGGGCAGGAAACCACUGCCAUUUUACUUGUAUGGACAAUGGUUCUAUUGAGCAAGCAUCAAGAUUGGCAAAUAAGAGCCAGAAAUGAGAUUCUAGAAGCUUUCGGCAAGAAUGGCACUCCUGAUUUUAACAGACUAAACCACCUUAAAAUUGUAACUGCUAUACUAUAUGAGGUUCUCCGACUCUACCCUCCUCUAGUUUCAGUAACACGGAUCAUCCACGACGACACAGAAUUAGGAUCAUCAACUGUCUUACCAAAAGGAGUGAAGAUAUGUAUACCAACCUACCUCCUCCACUAUGACAAAGAGAUUUGGGGGGAUGAUGCCAAAGAAUUUAAUCCAGAAAGGUUCUCAGAAGGGGUAUCAAAGGCAACAAAGAGCCAAGUUUCCUUUUUUCCAUUUGGUUGGGGGCCUAGGUUAUGCAUCGGGCAAAACUUCGCACUGCUAGAGGCAAAGAUGGCAUUGGUUUUGAUUUUGCAACGCUUCUGUUUUGAACUUUCACCAUCUUAUGCACAUGCACCCUCUCCUGCUGUGCUCGUUCAACCCCAGUUUGGCGCUCACUUGAUUCUCCGUAAACUCUAGAGGAGCAUGAUCUUGCUUCCGACCUACUCACCUCAGAUAGAUGUAAUAAUAGCUCUAUAUAUCAUGUUAGACUGUCACUACAUUUUCAGACAGCUUUUACUAUAUAAAUGUCUUGAGAUAAUAAACUGAUUAAUGAACGCUGGGCUUGU